CCUUAUGUUUACACAACACUGCCCUUUGUCAGAGUGCAACGUGGAAGGUUUUACUCAGACGUGACUUGCUUUUUGGAACAUGUUACCCAUGGGGUCCGACUGUACAACAUCCAAGGAAUAGACGGACAGUCUGUGGAAGUGUCCAAUAUCGUGGACAUCCGAAAAGAACAUAACCGUGAGAUUGCAAUGAGAAUUUCUUCUAGCAUAAACAGUCAAAACAAAUUUUAUACUGACCUGAAUGGAUAUCAGAUUCAGCCCAGAAUGACGAUGAGCAAAUUGCCUCUUCAAGCAAAUGUCUAUCCGAUGACCACAAUGGCCUAUAUACAGGACACCAAGCAUCGCUUGACAUUACUCUCAGCUCAGUCUUUAGGGGUUUCAAGUUUGAAAAGUGGUCAGAUUGAAGUUAUCAUGGAUCGAAGAUUCAUGCAAGAUGAUAAUCGCGGCCUUGAGUAAGGUGUCCAUGAUAACAAGGUUACAGCUAAUUUAUUUCGACUACUACUGGAAAAAAGAAGUGUGAAUACGGAAGAAGAAAAUAAGUCAGUUAUCCUUCUCUCGUUAGCCACAUAACUUCCUCUUUCCUGAAUCAUCCUGUCUUUACAAUGACAGAAAAGAUCCCCGUGCCCACCCUUCAGCUGCUAGGUGAAUUCUCUCCGUUACUGUCAUCUUUGCCUUGUGACAUUCAUCUCGUUAAUCUGAGGACAAUACAGUCAAAGGUGGAUGGCAAGCAUUCCGAUGAGGCAGCCUUGAUCCUCCACAGGAAGGGGUUUGACUGCCGCUUCUCGAGCAGAGACACGGGGCUGCUUUGUUCCACAACCCAGGGAAAGAUUUUGGUACAGAAGCUUUUUAGCAUGUUUACUGUCGCAAGUCUCAUACCUUCAUCAUUAUCCUUGAUGCAUUCACCUCCAGACGCCCAAAAUAUAAGUGAGAUCAACUUGAGUCCCAUGGAAAUCAGCACAUUCCGAAUCCAGUUGAGAUGAACCUGGCUUUCAAAUUUGGAUUGGGAAGCAUUGUCUUUUAUACACUUCUUGGUUUGACGUGCAAUAAGGAAGCACAUUAUUUUAGCUUCUGGCUACUGUGAGGACAUGGAUUCUGUGAUUGUUAUUAUAAUUAUUAUUAUAAUUAUUUUUUUUUUUUACUAGUACAGAAAGAAAAAAAAAAGCCAUGCUAUAGCCAGUUUUUCUUUAAGUUCCAUCCAUGAAUCACCACCAUCAGUAUGAAUCGAUGCAACAAUGAAGGAAGAAAUGUCUAAAACAACCUCUCCAUAGAUUGUAUCUCAGGUUAAAUGCUAACUAACUAUAUCUGUGUCGGGAGUUGUGAAGAGAUUGUUAUAAGUAUUCAUGUUGCUGAUCCUUCAUUAGUUUUACAAAAAUACCCAUUUUUACCAAAAUGGAAUAAAAAGCUGAAGGGUAAUAGCUAAUGGCCAAAAUGGUUGCAAUCGUUCAUACGCAUUCGAAAAAUUUUGUGUAUUGAAAUAUGUGGAAAAGUGCAAUCCAUCAACCCUUAUGAUAUCUGUACAUCAUUGAUCUUCACACCUUUUUCUAAUGUACCACUUGACCCCUCCCUUCUCACUCUUUGUAUUUCCAGAAAUAGCAGAUUUUGAAUCAUUCAAUAGUAGAAAAAGAGGCAUAUUUUCAUUACUUGACAAUGUGGGAUAGGUGCAAUUUAUUCCAUUGUCACUAAGAUAGAAAAAGCAAUCCCAUAGGUACCAUAACCUCUUUUAGGUACCACAAGGUGUCUUUUUGCACAGCUCAUUUGAAUACAGAUGUUCGGAGAGGGGUUUUCUAUUUUAAAAAUAACCAUAUCAAAAUAAAUGUGCCUUAUUUUUUUAUAA